AUGGUACUUGGAGGGCCUAGUUGGGAUGUGAAACUUGGAAGAAGGGAUUCGAGAACAUCUAACUUUUCUGCUGCCAAUAGUGGCCAAAUUCCUCCUCCCAUUUCUACCCUUAACAACCUCAUCAAUAGGUUCCAAGCAAAAGGCCUCUCCACCAAUGAUAUGGUUGCUCUAUCAAGUAACAUACAUGAUACAUCUGUAUGUGUAUAG